UUGCCUUAUCUGUCACCGUGGGUGGAUAUUAAAAAAAAUAUAUUAUAUAGUGAGGUUAUGUUUACUCGUGUACUUUGGAGAUUUAUUAAGUUUUUAGAGAAGUUCUAAGAAAGAAAUAAAUCACAUCUGCCUCAGUUAUAAAUAUAAAGGGUUAAAUUUAGAAACUAGCGAAAUGACGCAACAGAAGAAAGUAAAAAAAAUAAAAAUAAUCAAAGAAGAAAUUAGCAAAGAAUUCACAUUUUUGAAAAAUGUGUUUUCAGUUAUGUCUUUACCGCUGCAAAUGAAAGGUGAAAAUGAAGACAAUAUGGACAUUGAAAUAGUAAAUGAAAACCAGAAAAGUAGUGAGGAUACAGAAAUGCCCAAGCGUGCACGAAGCAUCGCAGAACUUGAAGAAAAAUUAGAAAAGAUAAAAUCACAGAAUAAGUUCAGUUUUAAAAAUAAAUUGCAGAAAAAAAGCCUGAGCAGUAAACUGAACAAAAAGAUAAAGAAAUCAGAGAGGAAAAAUAAAACAAAAGUUAAACCUACCGUAGAUGCACCAUUUGCAGAUAUGUUAAAGUCCAGCGUUGAAGAAAAACCAAAACCAAAAGCAAAUAUUACUAAACCAGUGUUCAACAAUGAAGGGAAACUUGUAUUUUCAAAAUUCGACUUUGCCAAUGUUGGCAAAAAAGAAAGAGUAAACAAGGUUGAGAAAGAUCCUAAAAAGAUUUUAGAAAAUCUCAAACAGCAAGAAGAUAAAAUCCGACAGUUGGAAGAAAAAGAGGACCAGGGUAAAGUUAAAGAAAUAAAAGAGAAAAUAGCUUGGAAAAAUGUUCUGCAAAAAGCUGAAGGACAGAAAGUUAAAGAUGAUCCUUUAUUACUCAAGAAGUCAAUAAAGAAAAUGGAUCAAAAGAAGAAACAAAGUAAGAAGCAGUGGGAUACCAGAGUCAAGAAUGUUGAACAAAAGAAAGACGAGAGACAAAAGAAGAGGGCAGAAAAUAUUGCCAAAAAGAAGAAAGAGAAGAAGUCUAAAAUUAUCAAGACAUCGGUUAAACGAGGCCGAGUCGUCAUAUAACAUCGAAGGACUAUCAAGUUUAUUAUGUUUAAGAAUAAAAAUAUUUUUGACAAAAA